AUGGAGGAGCCAACGACGGAGAUAGAGACUAAACCCGCGGAUCUGACAACUACGACGCUGCAACCUCCUCCUCGAACAGCGUCACCUCAUCAGGAGCUAGUGGAGAGGCUCAAGGAUUACGGGCAGGAAGAUGUUUUCGCCCUCUGGGAAGAGCUCUCACCGGAAGAGCGUCAUCUCCUCGUCACUGAAAUCGAGAAUUUGGAUCUCCCGAGAAUAGAUCGGAUCAUCAGAUGCUCACUUAACUCUCAAGGUUUGCCAGCGGCGGCAAUUGAGGCGCCGCCGGAGAGUUGUGUGUCAACGGUGGAGGAAAGGAGAAAGGAAGAUAAAGAAAAAUGGUGGAGAAUGGGGUUGAAGGCUAUCUAUGAAGGGAAAUUGGGUGUGGUGCUUUUAUCUGGUGGACAGGGAACAAGACUUGGAAGUUCAGAUCCCAAAGGGUGUUUUAAUAUCGGACUGCCAUCUGGGAAGUCACUUUUCCAGAUUCAAGCUGAGAGGAUCUUAUGUGUCCAAAGGCUUGCUGCUCAGGCAAUGAGUGAGGCAGGUCCAACUCGCCCAGUUGCAAUACAGUGGUAUAUAAUGACCAGUCCAUUUACACACGAACCAACACAAAAAUUCUUCGAGAGUCACAAGUAUUUUGGCCUUGAGCCACAUCAAGUCACAUUUUUCCAACAAGGAACCCUACCUUGCAUUACCAAGGAUGGAAAGUUUAUCAUGGAGACACCUUUCAGUCUAGCCAAGGCUCCAGAUGGUAACGGGGGAGUUUAUACAGCACUACAAUCUUCAAGGUUAUUAGAAGAUAUGGCUUCCAGGGGGAUCAAGUAUGUGGAUUGCUAUGGUGUUGACAAUGUUCUGGUUCGAGUAGCUGACCCUACUUUUCUAGGAUACUUCAUCGACAAAGGUGCAGCUUCUGCUGCAAAAGUAGUGCGCAAGGCAUAUCCACAAGAAAAGGUUGGAGUAUUUGUAAGGAGGGGAAAAGGUGGGCCUCUGACCGUGGUUGAGUACACAGAGCUUGAUGAGUCCAUGGCUUCUGCAACUAAUCAACAAACAGGACGUCUUCAAUUUUGCUGGAGUAACGUGUGCUUACACAUGUUCACUCUGGAUUUCCUUAAUCAAGUUGCGAACGGGCUAGAGAAAGACAGCAUAUACCAUGUGGCAGAGAAGAAGAUACCGUCUAUAAAUGGUGUCAUAGAGGGAGUGAAACUAGAACAGUUCAUAUUUGACUGCUUUCCGUAUGCUCCUUCAACUGCACUCUUUGAGGUGUUGAGGGAGGAAGAAUUUGCGCCUGUAAAAAAUGCAAACGGGUCGAGCUUUGACACGCCAGAAAGCGCGAAACUUCUGGUUCUACGGCUACACACACGUUGGGUCAUAGCAGCUGGUGGAUUCUUAACACAUUCCGUACCUUUAUAUGCAACUGGUGUGGAAGUUUCACCAUUGUGCUCGUACGCGGGAGAAAACCUGGAAGCGAUUUGUCGGGGAAGAACGUUUCACGCACCUUGUGAGAUCUCCCUCUAACCUUCUUCUGUUUCGUCUUAUUUGGCCAUCUUCUUUGUUUUUUUUUUGUAUGUUUCUCUUUUCUUUCCUCUUGUUGUUGUUGAGAUUGUUGUGGUAUGUAAUGGAUGUGUUAUUAUUGCAAAACUAACAUUAGUUAAGCCUUUUUUCAAAGAAAAC